UCCCAUCCCAUCCUUUUGCAUGACCUGCAGGCCAUCUAUUACAAUCUGAUUAGUUCUGCAAACUAAUAGAAAUUGUAGGCCAUAUAACAAUGUGCUGACUUGAUUUGCUUUGAUUCCACAUAUGCUAGAAAUUGUUCCUUGGUCUUUGUUGUUGCUCGAUCUUGUUGUUAUUCCCUAUGUAUUUAUUUUUCGGAUUAACUGGAGCUAAAUUUUCACUCCUGUACGGUUUUGAUUCAUUCAACAUGCUAGAAUUUUUGUAAUAGAUAUGUACUUGGAUUUUGGAUUAAUUGGACCUAAAAUUUCACUCCUGUAUGGUUUUCACUUGUCUGCAUUAAUUUGUACCAAUCUUGAAUUCAAUUCCAAUUAAGCAUGAUGACAUAGAUGCAAUUGAUGAUGAUCUAGUAUCUCAUUCAUUAAUUUCCACAUGCAUGCAUGACAGCACCCAUUGGUCCCAUGAGAUACAUCGAUUCCCCCUACAAAAAAGAGAGCGACUUUGGCUGGCUGUGUAUGGCAGUAAACUUCCUGUCCGUCAAGAUAAGCUGUUCCGAUGUUGGCUACCCAAUCCAUGUCUAUGGCACUAUCAUUGUCAGGGACAGCAUCGAUGAGAAGUGUGUUUAUCACUUCCGCCGCGACAGUGACAAUUGCCAACUCAUAAGUUCUAAGGCUGAAUCACUGAUCUUGACUGGGCCAAAACGCGGCCUAGCAUUGGCAGGAGAUAUCUAUGUGGAGACUGACCUCAAAAUGAAGGAUGAUCUAGUACAGGACAGAGAACUUAGUAAAGGACUGAUAGUCAUCAGGGACACACCAACUGGUCUGUUUGAGAAGGGAUACACGUCUGAAACCAAAUCUCUUGCCACCAGGCUCAGUACCGUGGAUGUAAAUUAUGCAGUUCUAAAUCGGGCACUGGAGGGAACUAUUGCAGUUGAAGUUGUGCAGGGAAGUUUUCAUGGAAGAAUCACUGCCAACACUGCCAACAUGCACAACGAGCUUGUGCUCUAUGAUAGCAAAGUGGCUGAUGUGAUGACUGUUGACGACAAUUGUGUAGACCUCGAGCUUUUGCGACAUGUUGUGUGUGUCUAGGUUAAGGAUUUGCUCAUGAUUGCUGCACAGACCAGUGAUGGUAAAUCUGAGCGCAUAUCAUUCUCCCCAAGGAUCAACGAAAGAGCUGAAGGCCCACUUGUUGUCGGUGGAACUGAGUUGCGUGUGAAGAUUGGUUGGUCAGUAAUGAACCCCUGACUGAUUGUUAUUAUAGCUAUGUGUCUAUCUCAGUGACGCUGUAGUUACCCUAAGAUGCGACUGAUAAAAUAAUUAGUGUGUUGGACCUGAUAAGUAAUAGUAGUGCGUGUGUGACUAUUCUGUAUUGUGCUUGGCUUUUUAUAUUUGGACACACAUGUGCCGUGCUAGGCUGGUAGGGAAGUUAUGCUGAAUCAUCAGUUAUCUAAAAUGUGUUGCGCUUUAUGCUGAGCCUCUCUCUCUCUCUCUAUAUAUAUAUACACUAAAUAGUACC